UGCCGCUUGGAGGCGCUGCAUCUGAGCUUCAAGAACAUGUGCAAGCUGAAGCCGCUGCUCAACAAGUGGCUGGAGGAGACGGACUCCAGCACGGGCAGCCCCACCAGCCUGGACAAGAUCGCGGCGCAAGGCCGGAAGCGCAAGAAGCGCACCUCCAUCGAGGUGGGCGUCAAGGGCGCCCUGGAGAACCACUUCCUCAAGUGCCCCAAGCCCUCGGCGCACGAGAUCACCUCCCUGGCGGACUCCCUGCAGCUGGAGAAGGAGGUGGUGCGGGUCUG